CGCUCGCUUGUAGCUGUAGGUUUUUAGUCCUUCACUUGGCGCGGCCGGUCGAGAAAACAAGGCAAUACCAUGGUUUCACCUACUGUGAAUGUUGCCCGAUACACGGCUCUCUUUUCUGGUGUUGUCUACGGCUGGUACCACCGUCGAUCCCUACAAGCAGCACACAAUCUACACAAAACCCAGCAUGCGGAGCACGAGCGAGAGCGGUUAAUUGCAGAGGCAAAGGAGGCAUGGAAGAAGAAACAAGAGGCAGCAAAGGCUUCUACUACAGAUUCCAUCAUCACAGACCCAGAAGACCCACGGUUCGACCUGGAGAAGCUGAUUGCAAAGUGGGAAAAGGCAGCAUAACAGUGUUACUCUUGUUCGUCCAUGGAUUGUUUUAUAGACAUGUUAAUCCGCCCACAAAAGACGCAUAAUCUUAUCCCUGGUCCAGUAUACCUUGUCGGACCUGAAAACAUGGAUCAUGUUCGUAGAUACAAGCAUCCUGUUCGAUUUAUGUUUCGUAUAUAAAAAUCAAGAAAUUUUAUGCCUCCGUAGCCG